AUGCGCUCAUUCCAUCCCCUGCUGGGGACCUUUCCCUUCAGGGGCGACACUGGAUUUUUUCUGAAGUGGUCCUGCAUUCCUGCUGAGAAGGGACUACAGACCUCUGGGGCUUGGGUAGAGUCAGCAGAUAUUCCCCUGCUCCCUGGCUCCCCACGCCGGCUGAGCCCUCAGGCAGGGACCAGAGGGGGCCAGGGCCCCAAACACGGACAGCAGUAUCUCCAGAUGCCAGGUCCCCAGGCCCCAGGUCUGCAGGGCAGUUUCCGCAGAGAUCCUGGCCAGCCCUGCGGCGGAGAGAGUGCCCGCAGCAGCUCUGUCAUCAACAACUAUCUGCAUGCCAAUGAGCCUGUGUCCUUGGAAGCCCGUCUUAGCCGCAUGCACUUCCAUGACAAUCAGAGGAAGGUCGACUAUGUGCUCGCCUACCACUACCGGAAACGCGGGAUGCACCUGGCCCAAGGCUUCCCUGGCCACUCACUGGCUAUCGUCUCCAAUGGGGAGACAGGCAAGGAGCCUCACGCUGGGGGCCCAGGUGACAUUGAGCUGGGGCCGCUCGAUGCCCUGGAGGAGGAGAGGAAGGAACAGCGGGAGGAAUUUGAGCACAAUCUGAUGGAGGCUGGACUGGAGCUUGAGAAGGACUUGGAGAAUAAAAGCCAGGGAUCCAUCUUUGUCCGGAUACACGCCCCGUGGCAGGUGCUGGCCAGAGAGGCAGAAUUCUUGAAGAUCAAAGUUCCUACCAAGAAAGAGACGUACGAGAUCAAAGCAGGAGGCAGCAUUGCAAAGAAGUUCAGUGCAGCUCUGCAGAAGCUGAGCUCACCCCUGCAGCCCCGAGUUCCAGAACACAGCAACAACAAGAUGAAAAACCUCUCCUACCCAUUCUCCAGGGAGAAGAUGUACCUGUACAACAUCCAGGAAAAGGACACCUUCUUUGAUAAUGCCACCCGCAGCCGCAUUGUGCACGAGAUCCUGAAGCGCACAGCCUGCUCCCGAGCCAACAACACGAUGGGUAUUAACUCUCUGAUCGCAAACAAUAUUUAUGAGGCUGCCUACCCUCUUCAUGACGGUGAAUACAAUAGUCCAGAGGACGAUAUGAAUGACAGGAAGCUGCUGUAUCAAGAAUGGGCGCGCUAUGGAGUGUUCUAUAAGUUCCAACCUAUUGACCUCAUCAGAAAGUAUUUUGGAGAAAAAAUUGGACUGUAUUUUGCCUGGCUGGGGUUAUAUACAUCAUUCCUCAUCCCAUCUUCUGUAAUUGGAGUGAUUGUGUUUCUUUAUGGAUGUGCAACAAUUGAAGAAGAUAUUCCCAGCAGAGAGAUGUGUGACCAGCAGAAUGCCUUCAUCAUGUGUCCCCUGUGCGACAAGUCCUGUGAUUACUGGAACCUCAGCUCAGCCUGUGGGACCGCGCGGGCCAGCCACCUGUUUGACAACCCUGCCACCGUCUUCUUCUCCAUCUUCAUGGCUCUGUGGGCUACCAUGUUCCUGGAAAACUGGAAGAGGCUGCAGAUGCGACUGGGCUACUUUUGGGACCUGACUGGCAUAGAAGAGGAAGAAGAACGUGCCCAGGAACAUUCCAGGCCUGAGUAUGAAACCAAAGUUCGAGAGAAAAUGCUAAAGGAGAGCAACAAGUCGGCUGUCCAGAAACUGCAAACAAAUACUACGGAGUCUAGCAACGAGGAUGAUGAAGAUAAACUGACCUGGAAGGAUCGUUUCCCAGGUUACCUGAUGAACUUUGCCUCCAUCUUAUUCAUGAUUGCCCUGACGUUCUCAAUCGUCUUUGGGGUGAUUGUGUAUCGAAUAACAACAGCAGCCGCUCUGUCUCUCAAUAAGGCUACACGCUCCAAUGUCCGGGUGACAGUGACAGCAACAGCAGUCAUCAUCAACCUCGUGGUCAUCCUCAUCCUGGACGAGAUCUAUGGUGCUGUGGCCAACUGGCUCACCAAAAUUGAGGUUCCGAAAACAGAACAGACUUUCGAAGAGCGCCUGAUCCUCAAAGCUUUCUUGCUCAAGUUUGUCAAUGCCUACUCCCCCAUCUUCUAUGUGGCCUUUUUCAAGGGGAGGUUUGUGGGCAGGCCUGGAAGCUACGUCUAUGUAUUCGAUGGUUACCGCAUGGAAGAGUGUGCUCCAGGGGGCUGUCUCAUGGAGCUCUGCAUUCAGCUCAGCAUCAUCAUGUUGGGGAAGCAGUUGAUCCAGAACAACAUCUUUGAGAUUGGAGUCCCGAAGCUGAAGAAACUAUUUCGAAAGCUGAAAGAUGAGACAGAAGCUGGAGAAACUGACUCUGCCCAUUCGAAACGUCCAGAGCAGUGGGACCUAGACUACAGCUUGGAACCGUACACAGGACUGACUCCGGAGUACAUGGAAAUGAUCAUCCAGUUUGGUUUCGUCACCCUCUUCGUGGCCUCCUUUCCCCUGGCACCUGUGUUCGCCCUCCUCAACAAUGUCAUUGAAGUGCGGCUGGACGCAAAGAAGUUUGUCACGGAGCUGAGACGGCCGGAUGCUGUAAGAACAAAAGAUAUCGGAAUCUGGUUUGACAUUCUCUCUGGAAUUGGCAAGUUCUCUGUUAUCAGCAAUGCUUUUGUCAUUGCGAUCACCUCCGACUUUAUCCCCCGCCUGGUGUACCAGUACUCCUACAGUCACAAUGGGACUCUGCACGGCUUUGUCAACCACACCCUCUCCUUUUUCAACGUCAGCCAGCUGAAGGAGGGGACGCAGCCAGAAAACUCACAGUUUGACUGGGAGGUUCAGUUCUGCAGGUUUAAGGAUUACCGAGAGCCGCCAUGGGCCCCGAACCCUUAUGAGUUUUCCAAACAGUACUGGUUUGUUCUGUCCGCCCGUCUGGCUUUUGUCAUAAUCUUCCAGAACCUCGUGAUGUUCCUGAGCGUCCUCGUGGACUGGAUGAUUCCAGAUAUCCCCACGGACAUCAGCGACCAGAUCAAGAAAGAGAAGAGCUUAUUAGUGGACUUCUUCCUGAAAGAGGAGCACGAGAAGCUCAAGCUGAUGGAUGAGCCGGCCCUGAGGAGCCCAGGAGGUGGGGAUCGAAGCAGGAGCCGGGCAGCCAGCUCAGCACCUUCGGGCCAAAGCCAGUCAGGCAGCGUGAUGUCGUCAGGCUCUCAGCACACCAACGUGUGAGCAGUUCAGCCUGCAGCAGAGGAGGGCACAGCAGCAGAGGCACACAUGUGCACGCAAGCACGUCCCUACACCCACACGGCGUGCUGUCUGUCUGCAGGGGCCUGGCUUGAUGGGGUCUUGAAGAGGGAGUAUGUGUAGAAAGAAAGAGACUGAGAGAAUGGGUGUAGGAAGGAAGAGAAAUGAUGCUACUUCUCAGAAACUUCAAGCUUAAGUUUCUUUUAGGUCCUCUUUUAAGCUGCAUCCUUGUGAGGUGUCGGAACCCCACUGGGUCUCUCCACCCCAGAGUUCUCAGGCACUGCAAGCAUUCCCACAUGCCCUGGGGCACCCUCCUGUGCUUCACCAUCAUUUCUGACUUUGACCAGCUUUAAGAGAAAUGCAGUCAGGAGCACGGCAUCCCCUACCUACUAUCACUAGUGACUCAGAAAACUGAGUCACUUGCAAUGGGGCUGCCACAGUCUCAGCAGAUGCAAAUUAAGUUACAGGGCUGAAUGGUGCAGCCACUGGACCUGAUAGGAAGAUGCAAAGGUCCAAACCUGGGCUUGUCUGCAGUUCACGUCACAAAAACAUUUGGAGCUAAAUGCAAGUAACUGUCAUUUUAUGAAAGUUCAGAUUUAAAAUAAUAAAAUAAAUGGACAUGUUCUUU